UAGAGAGACUGUGUGUGGCAACAGAACUUUGCACGCUUGGCAUAGAGCAGUGGGAUCUCCCUCAACUCCAUUCUCUGUGGAAGAUUCCAGGCUGUAGACCACAAAACCCUCUGGCCUGGCCCCCUCCCUGGUUGGCAACGAGGGAACAGAGUCAGUUCUGGGAAUGGAGCAAAGUCCCAGAAGAACAGCAUUGGCACUUGCUUGAGAGUCCUAAGCCUGAAGGAUCUGUGUUCUGCAGCUGGUGCAGACUGUCCUGGGGUCAGGGCCUCUUUCUUCUGACAGCCAAAAGUCCACUGGGGUGGCCAAGGCCAAAAGAUAAUGGUGUAUCCUCACUUUCUGGGCCUUAAGAGCAUGUAUGUGCCUCCUUAGCCUCCCGGAACUUGAAGAGAGAACUCCUUCAGGAGCCCACAGCUUUGGGGGCCCCCAACUGCCGCCCCUGGUUUCUCAUGGAGGGCAGUAAGAGCGAGCCGUGGGCUGCUCUGCUGCGUAGCGCUGUGAGCGGGACCGUGGAUUUGACCCCCAACAGUCAGCCAUUGCCACCACUGCCUGCUUUUCGCAGCCAGGAGUCACUGCCUGACCCUGAGCCCACUGUGGCUCCUGAGGUCUUCACUGUGGGAUCCAAGACCUUUUCCUGGACGCCUUUUCCACCUGCCCUUGAUUUCUCUGAAAACUCCUACCUGUUGUUCCAAGGGACUGGAGGCUCCCUGGGGUCACCUACUCCAUCACCUACUCCAGGACGUCCUGCACCAGAUUCCAGUCAGACUCCCAGAACCCAAGAGUGUGUGUCUGUGCAGAGUCCACCUGCGUUACUGAGCUGCCCAUUGUGCCAGAAGGCAUUUGAUCCCACGCUGACCCAGCUGGAUGUGGAUAGCCACCUUGCUCAGUGUUUGGCUGAAAGCACGGAAGAUGUCGUGUGGUAAGCUCCUUCCAGCGUACAUGCUGGAUGCGACCGCUGAGACCUGGCUUCGAGUGGUCCAGGAUACGUGCUGACUUAGGAAUGUGACUGCAGAGACGCGUCUUCUCGUGGACACCUGAGCACAGCCUCCUCCUGGUUUUGUUUAUGGGCACUGGGCAUCCUGCUGAUCACUGGGGUGCAGGCAGCAGUAGGUUCUCUAGGAUGGUUCGUUUCAUUGUCAACUUAACAGGGUAGGGAAUCACCCAGGAGACGGACCCUCAGGGUGUGUCUGUGAAACGGUUCCCAGAGAUUCACUGAGAAAGGAAGGCCACCUUGAAUGUGGGUGGUGCCAUCCUGUGGCCUAGGAUCUCACUGACUGAAAAGGGAAAAAGGAGGAAUUAAGCAGCUUCCUGAUUGGGGAUGCGGUGAACAACUUCUCACCUGCCACGCCACCACGGCUGCAGCUGCUUUUGCCACUGUGCCUUCCCUGCCACGGUGAACUGUACCUUCAACCGCGAGCCAGAAUAAACCUUAAGUUGCUUUCAUCAAGUAAUUCUGUCAUGGCAAGAAGAAUCCCACCCAGGCAGGAGAGCCAGGAUCUGUCACAAGGCAGAACUGGGUAUCUUUGCCCAAGUGAGCGUUUGUACACAGGCAGGCAGUACCUUCUGACUGUCCAGGAGAGACAUGCUGAAUUACCAAAAUAAAGGUAAUUGUGUGUA